GCUACCGUAAUCAUAACUCCAAUGGUUAGAUUCGACAAUGAGAUAUCUUCCUCAUCCUUCUCAUCAUCUUCUUCUAUUUCUGGAAGGAAAUAUGACGUUUUCUUGAGUUUUAGAGGUGAGGAUAUACGAAAGAACUUCACAGAUCAUCUAUGUUCUGCUUUAAAAAGUAAAGGAAUCAUCACUUUCAGAGAUGAUGAAAACCUUGAGGUAGGUGAAGCCAUCGCACCAGAGCUCUUUAAAGCAAUUCAAGAAUCAUGGUCCUCAAUAAUCGUUUUCUCGGAAAGAUAUUCUUCUUCCAGAUUGUGUCUGGAAGAGCUUUUCGAAAUUAUUAAACAAAAAAACGAGAGGGGACACAAAGUAUUCCCAAUUUUCAAUGAUGUGGAUCCAUCUGAGCUACGAGGACAGAAAGGGAAAGUUGAAGAAGCUUUUGCUAAGCAUGGAGAAAAAUUUAAAGAGGAAGCAGUAAGGUGGCGAACCGUUUUAACUGAAGUGGCUAACAUGACGGGAUGGCACUUAAAUAACAGGCAUGAAUCAGAACUUGUUAGAGAUAUCGUUAAAAAGAUAUCAACAAAAUUACGUCAAACAUUUUCAAGUGCUCCUAAAUCUGACAUGACUGGAAUUGAAUCACGUUUGAAAACACUGCUUUGCAAAAUAAACGCAAGGGAUGAUGAAGAUGAUUGUGUUCGCAUUAUAGGGAUUUGUGGUCUGGGAGGAAUCGGUAAAACAACACUUGCAAGAUUUGUUUAUACCCAAAUUUCAAGUCAUUUUGAAGGUAGAAGCUUUCUAGCAGGUGUUCGGGAAGUGGCUGAGAAAGAUGGACUUGUUUGUUUACAAAAACAGCUUCUUUGUCAGAUUUUGUUGGAGGGAGGUUUUAAUUUUUUUGAUGUUGAUGAAGGAAAUGACAUGAUAAGUUGUAGGUUAUCUCAUAAGAAGGUUCUUAUUGUUCUUGAUGAUGUGGAUAACAUCCAACACUUAAAAUGUUUGGUCGGAAAGCGUGCUUGGUUUGGUUUAGGAAGCAGAAUAAUUAGAACAACAAGAGAUGAGCAUUUGCUGCAAACCUAUGGAGUGGAUGAUGUGUAUAAGCCAAUGACAUUGAAUGCCAAUGAAGCACUUCGACUUUUCAGUUUGAAAGCUUUCAAAAGUGAUACACCUGAAAAGGAUUUGGUCGAGCUUUCAAAACGUGUUAUAGAAUAUGCAGAUGGCCUUCCAUUAGCUCUUGAAGUCUUUGGUUCUUUUCUUGCUGGGAGAGAUGCUUCUCAAUGGACAGGUGUAAUAGAAAGACUUGAAAAUGAUUAUAAGAAAGAAAUUCUUGACAGACUUCAAAUAAGCUUUGAUGGAAUAGAAGAAACGGAGAUGAACAUAUUUUUAAAUAUUGCUUGCUUCUUCAAAGGGGAGGACAAAGAUUUGGUAACAAAAAUUCUGGUCGGUUGUAACUUUUUCCGGAAUAUUGGAGACAAAUUGUCGAUGCAUCAAUUGCUACAAGAGAUGGGAAGAAAAAUUGUUCACCAAAAAUCUCCCGUUGGAUCUGCAAAACAUCAUCGAUUAAACGCUGCUAUACAAGUGAUUGAAGGCAUGAUUAUCGAUAAUAAAAGUCAAUUGGAGUAUGUUACGAUUGAUAAAUUGUCUAUUGAAAGAGAUAAUUGGAGAAUCAAGGUUCGCGUUUGUCGAUUGUGGGAUAUUUUUUCUGAAACUAAACAACUUGUAAGCACAGAAAUGAUAUUGGUUGAUGAAAAGGAAUUUUGUAUUCAUGCUGUUCUUGGGAGUUGUAAUGCAUAUCAAUUGAAGGAUAUGAUUCAUGAAGGAGGUUUAUAUUAUAUUAAAAAAAUUUCUAUUGUAAAAGGUAAAAAUAAUUAUCGAGUAAUUUCUACGAAUGAUUUAUUUUCAAGCUAA